AUGAUGAGCGCCCCGUCCUCCGUCACCUUUCGAGGUGCUGCGAUGAUGUUUCAAACGUUCAUUGAUGAACUGAAACAAAAGCCGGACUGGCAAGAUCUGGAAAUGAAAUGGGUACUCCAGUACAUGGGAAAGGAUUUUGACGAAGUCAAGGACAACAUGACCCCGAGCUUGGCCGACGAGCUAGCAAUUGCCUGUCGAAUUAACCUCCAAUCGAUGACCCCGACUAUUGCGGUGUGGAUCUGCAAAAGUCCAGUCUACCAAGAGCUGGAAAAGGCUUCAUCCGUAGGAAAGAACAUUAGCUUUCCCGACUGGUUCUUCCUGGCCUCUGUGUACCGUCCCGACCACAACAGACUCCGCCCUUACAGAGAUUAG